AUGAUAUUGUCAAAGACUGUCUCAGUUGUGACAAAGACUAUUUCAGCUGUGUCAAAGACUUGCCCAGUUGUGUCAAAAAGUUGUGUCAAAGACUUGCCCAGUUGUGUCGAAAACUGUCCAGUUGUGUCUAAGACUGUCUCAGUUGUGACAAAGACAAUCUCAGUUGUGACAAAGACUAUCUCAGUUGUGUCAAAGACUGUCUCAGUUGUGUCAAAGACUAUCUCAGUUGUGUCAAAGACUGUCUCAGUUGUGUCAAAGACUGUCUCAGUUGUGUCAAAGACUGUCUCAGUUGUGUCAAAGACUUGCCCAGUUGUGUCAAAAACUACCUCAGUUGUGUCAAAGACUGUCUCAGUUGUGUCAAAGACUGUCUCAGUUGUGUCAAAGACUGUCUCAGUUGUGUCAAAGACUGUCUCAGUUGUGUCAAAGACUUGCCCAGUUGUGUCAAAAACUACCUCAGUUGUGUCAAAGACUGUCUCAGUUGUGUCAAAGACUAUCUCAGUUGUGUCAAAGACUGUCUCAGUUGUGUCAAAGACUGUCUCAGUUGUGUCAAAGACUUGCCCAGUUGUGUCAAAAACUACCUCAGUUGUGUCAAAGACUGUCUCAGUUGUGUCAAAGACAAUCUCAGUUGUGACAAAGACUAUCUCAGUUGUGUCAAAGACUGUAUCAGUUGUGAUAAAAACUGUCUCAAUUGUGACAAAGACUGUCUCAAUUGGGCCAAAGACUGUCUCAAUUGUUACCAAGACUGUCUCAGUUGUGUCAAAGCCUGUCUCAGUUGUGUCAAAGACUGUCUCAGUUGUGUCAAAGACCGUCUCAGUUGUGUCAAAGGCUAACCCAAUUGUGACAAAGACUGUCUCAUUUGGGCCAAAGACUGUCUCAGUUGUGUCAAAGACUGGUUCAGUUGUGUCAAAGCCUAUCUCAGUUGUGUCAAAGCCUGUCUCAGUUGUGUCAAAGACCGUCUCAGUUGUGUCAAAGAUUUUCUAA